AUGCCGGGAUACACGACUCUCUACUCCAGAACCCCUCGCUCUUUCCUUUUCGCCGUGGUGGCCAAUGUCGGUCCCGGCGGCACCAGCCGCUGCCUGGCCGUGGCCUACCGCCAACACCACGACGAAUAUAACUCACAGAUAUCCUGGGAUCGAGUGCAAUGUAUGGUGACCGACACUCUUGCGCUGACCGAAGUCCUCUUGGAUCCCACGAACCGUGCGCCGCUGGAGGCUGAGAGGGCGCUCGCGGAGGACUGGUAUCGUCGGUCUCAGGGCCGGGAGCCUCCGAUUCAUGAGCGGCCCAGCGUACCCGACACCGCGCAACCCCCGUUCGUGCCCUGGUACAAGCGACGUGAGCCAGGGCAACAACAGCCCCCGCUGCCGUGGCGGGAUGAUGCGCCUAGUAAGUUUCCCUUCACUGCGACGUGUGUUUUGCUGGCGUUAUUGCGCGAUACUCGCGACAACCGCACCCGCCCCAGCGACGUUCAGUUUCAGCCACUAUCGACGCUGUUCCGGGCCGACUGCACUGAGUAUGGCCUGGUUAUUCUCGACAUCUCUGACCUCGACAGCGGCGUCAAGUACGGCAUCGUUACGUUCCCCAUGAACUACAUGGCUGAGGUUGAAUACGGCGGCGAGAUGAUCGGCUGGGAUCCCGUCGAAGACCCCCAACCGGAAAAGGAGCCCGAUGUUAUACUCGCAGACCCGCGGCCUCGAGAGCUGUUGUCAAUCUCGCAGUGGGUAUCGAAGCAUUACUACUGGUCGGGCCUAGAGAAGGCGUCUUACAUCCUUAAACUAGAGGAGAGGCCGCUGGCUGAUGCGGUAGCCUUAGAUUACUUCAUACAUUCAAUGAUCGCCACCCAAUCCCCGCCUGAUAUGGAAGGUUACACCAUAGUAGACCAACCGCCGCAAAAUGACCCCGUAGGCAUAGUCCGCACCAUUGAUGAUCUGCUUAUUCUCACCCAGGAGCCCGCCUCCGGUCCCCUCGAGAAGGAAGCGCUCGCCAACCUUCAAGUACUUACUCAGUUCCGCGAGCAGCUACGGCAGCGGCUCGAAGAGGCGCCAGAGAGGCUCGGCUCCUCCCAGAUCUCCAGUCAUGUGCUGCGCGUGGCAUACGCUGGAUGCCGUCACCUUAACUGGGUGGUGUUUAGAAACCUGCCCCCUCGCGUGAUCGCGGCCGCCAUUACAUCGGAUGAACUUCAAGGUGCGUCUGCGCUCAGCCUCUGCCUCAAUCCGUUCCAGCUAGUGGGAGAUAAGGAAGAUAGAGAAUCAGACCUUAGUGACCUCGCCGCGGCCCUGGCACAGUCCACGGCCCUUCAACAGCUCUGCUUCUUACAGCAGCCGGACCGGAACAGCGACGAUGGCUCCGCUCAUCCCUUUUCGGAGCUGUCUUAG